AUGUAUAUUCCAAAUACCAGUCAUUGGAUGGAUUACUAUGAAAAUUUAGGAAACAAUGGUAGCAAUACUUACAUAAAUCAAUUGAAUAAAAGCGGAAAGCAAAUAGGAGGUGGAUCUCUAGUAGGUACACCUAAAUCCUUUAUUACACCAAUCGGACCAUCAAUGAAAGAUUCAACCAAUGAAAAACUAAAAGUUCAACUUGUUUCACCAGUUCAACAAACAGAGGACAUGGCCCGAGAUAUGGUGGAGAGAGAAAAGAUGGCUGCAUUGACUAUGGAUGGAUUUCAAGAAAGUCAACCUUCUGGUCUAAACUUGUUCACUCUACCUCCUACACAAACAGCAGUAGAAAAUGUAUAUUUUGAUGAAAAAAAAAUAAGAUCAACUUCACAAUUAGGUGGUACAGCUCCAAUCGAAUUCACUAUUGCAGCACAGAAUUCCCUAGAAUAUAUAGAUCUCAGAAAAACUCAACUCUAUGUGCGUGCUAGAAUUAGGCAUUCUGAUGGUUCAGAUUUAAAACCAUCCGAAUAUGUUGGACCUGUAAAUAAUUUUUUACAUUCUAUGUUUUCUCAAGUGGAUAUUACUUUGCAAAAUAAACUGGUUACUUCAUCAACUGCACAUUACCCAUAUAAAGCCAUGAUUCAAACAAUGCUAUCUUUCGGCUCUGAAGCUAAGGAAUCCCAGUUAACCAGUCAACUUUGGAAAAAAGACAAAGCAGGUCAUUUUGAUGAUAAUGAUGUGAAGAAUGGUGGCAAUACUGCCCUUUUUGCCCGUUCUCAAUAUUUUUCUCAGAGUCAAACCUGUGACUUAGUUGGGAAUCUUUUUCAUGAUUUGACUAGCUUAGACAGAUACUUAUUGAACCAAAUAACAGUAAAUGUGAAAUUAUGGCGCUCAAAGCCUGAGUUUUGUUUAAUGACAAAUGUAGUCAAUCCAAACUUUCAAAUAUAUAUCGAAGACAUUUAUUUAAGAGUCUUCAAGUUAAAACUAAAUCCUAGCGUCAUAACAGCACAUAGUCAUAAAUUGCUCACAACUAAUGCAAAAUAUCCUUACACUAGAACAGAGGUUCGUCUCAUAUCUAUACCUGCUGGAAGUCUUAGUUUCAACUAUAACAACUUGUUUAAUGGUUUGAGAGCUACACGUUGUGUUAUUGGAUUUACAGACUCUAGCAGUUCCAGUGGGUCAUAUGCUUUGAAUCCAUUCAACUUUCAACAUUUUAACUUAAGUCAGAUAGCAUUAAAGCUGAACCAGGUUCCUGUUGGUGGAAAUGUUAUGCAGUUAAAUUUUGCCCCUACCAGUCGCACCAUAUUACCUUCUUUUACUAGUAUGUUUGAAGUUACAAAUAAAUGGAUGCGAGAUAGUGGCAUUGAUAUCUCCAGAAAUGAUGUUUCAGGAGGAACUGCUUUAUACUGCUGGGAUAUUGAAGCAAACUUUAGUGAUGAAGGACAGUAUUUAAACUUAGUGAAGCAGGGGACUUGCUCAUUAGAAGUAAUGUUCAGCAAACCACUACCGAAGGCAACAACUUGUGUUGUAUAUGCUGAAUUUCCAGCUUACUUUGAAGUAAAUUUAGAGAGAAAUAUAAUUUUACAAUGA